GAAAGCAAAAAUUGGCCAAGUUUUUCUUUCAUUUCGGAAGUAGAACUGAACAUCUAGCUAUGCUAGUUAAUUUCAAGAAGCCACAGGUGAAAGAAGAAUCGUCAUGAUCUAAAAGGCUAAAAGAUGCCUCUGAGAUUAAAGAAAGAAAUAUCUGAAGAGGAAUUCUAUGAACAUUUUUGCAAUAUAAAAACAUCCCACCAAACUUUGCUCUGCUUUAGUCUGAAAGAAGAUGACAAAACACUUUGGAAAUUAUGGGGCCAUGCUUAUAAUAACCCAGGCCAAUACCACGCUGAAAUUCUAGUUUUAAGGGAAAUUGAAGACUAUCUAAUGGCAAAUAUUCUCAAUGCUACAAAGUACACCAUUACCUGGUUUCUUUCCUAUAGUCCCUGCCAUUGUUGUUGUGAUGAAAUAACCAAAUUUUUAAUGAAGUUUCAAAUCAAAAUUGAAUUUAACAUCAAAGCAGCAAGGCCAUAUUAUUUUGACAAUGAUCAAAAUCAGAAAGGUUUAAAAAUGCUCAAAAGACUGGGAGUUCUGAUCAAGAUGAUGGAAUUCUUUGACUAUGAAGAAUGUUUGUACUUAUUUGUGGAUCCUUGUACCAAGUUCACUGCAUGGCCAGAUUUAGAAGUGCAAAGUAUAGCCAAUAAAAUGAUAUUUCAUCAUUUAUUCUCCAAGGAGGAUGACAGAUUAGAUAAUCAUUCAUUUCCAACUGAUGAUUCUUUUCCAGUUCACGCUAUCUCAGCAUCUGAUUUUGAAAGCCAAGUCUUGGUCGACAAGAUUCCACCAGGAGAUCCUAACAAGACACCAGAUAAGAAAGAUGAGUUAUCAGACAUAAGAACUCCACAAAAAACUUGUUUUCCCCAGAGAACAAGUGAACAUGGGAAAGAAGUCAAAAGAAAACUCUUUUGAACAAGUGGAACCACUUUUUUUUUUUUACCAUUUCUCCCCAAGCACUUAUACAAACAUGUCACUCAAUGUUUUUAAAUCCGUUUUAUAAUUUACUUGUAACUACAUCAUUUCCUCACUUGGUUAAUUAUAUGUAAUGUUUUAUUUGAAAUUGUGACAAUCAAAGAGAUCUAAACAUUACAGAAUUAUGUAACCUUUGAUAUAUACAUUACUCAAACUUUUUCUCUUUCAACCUUAUCAUACUCCAACUCCUGGCAACCCAUCCUGCCUAUUCUUGGAAUUAGUUUCUUUUUCUUGCAUUUCCUAUAUGAUCCAGAUAAGAUUCCCAAGGCAAUUGAUUCUGGAUACAAUUCCCCUUCCUUGCAUUUGUUUUAGGCUCUAAUGGAAUUAACAUGAAUCAUAACAUGAUUAAAAAGUAUAGCCUUAUUUGAGAGAUCCUAUAUAGUAAUUUAGUACUGAUUGCCUGAUAAUUUAGUAAUGAAUUUAAUAAUGACUGCCUAAGAUUAGGAUGCUCUGCAGGGCUUUGCUUAAGACUGCAUUACUCUGUAAUGCUAGAAGCUGAUUGGUGGGGGCUGUGACUUUUGCUAAUUCAUAAUAUUAAAAACUAUAUUAAUACCUAUACAUUUUGCCAUCCUCUUGCAUAAUCUUAUUUUGAAAAGCAGUUCCAGUCUCUGGCAAGGACAAGAAGAACUCUUACACCAGCAAACUCUGAAUUCAACUGUAACAUUCCUGAAAGUUAUAAUAGUGCCUUAUCUCUUGAUAUUUUUCCACUACGUGGGACACUUAGUUAUCAUCCAAAGUAGAUUCUCCAGAGACCCAGUGUUUGGGAAUUCUGAGGACUAGACAUAAUUAUGUUGAUGUAAACCACAUGUUUCUUUUGAGUAAUCUUGCCAAUGAAUAUCUUUGAUCAACCAAAUAAA